CAGUGCAAUGUCAGGCAAGAUGGACUUCAGAGAAGCACUGUCGGCUCGACUUCAGAUAAUCAAACCAUCACUGAAACAAAUUCAAAGUUUCAUCAAAGACCGCCCGUUUAAUUUAACUCCGGGAAUUAAGGAACUUGUUGGAUUAUUGCAACAGAAGAAUAUUCCCGUGUACUUGAUAUCUGGCGGGUUYCGUGGCCUCAUUGGACCAAUAGCUAUCAAACUAAGCAUUCCAUUACAACACAUCUAUGCCAAUAAAUUAAAGUUCUUUUUAGAUGGAGACUAUGCAGGAUUUGACGAAAAAGAACCUACGUCAAAAAAUGGUGGUAAAGCUGAAGUAAUACACAUGUUAAAAGAAAAAUAUGGUUAUACGAAAUUGUUUAUGAUUGGAGACGGAAUUACUGAUUUAGAAGCAUCUCCACCCGCUGACGCAUUCAUCGGAUUUGGUGGUAAUGUCGUUCGAGAAGAAGUAAAGGCGAAGUCGAAAUGGUACAUUGAAAGUUUUCAAGAGCUUAUCAAUACUCUGCAGUGAUUUUUUAAAAGACUUCACUUUUGUUAUAAUAAUUCGAACUAUUAAGUAUUGUGUCUAAAUAAUUCUGUACCUCUAGAAAUGUAUGAGACGACAAGCACUGAAGCAGCUGUACUCACUAUGGAUAAUUAAUACUUAUUGAUAACAAACACAACAGACAACAGUUAUACUUAAUUAUUUUAYAUAUUUAUAUUUUAUAUAUGAACCUUGUGUAAUUGUUUUAUAUUUUUAUUGAAUAAU